GUAGUCCGGGGGAUCCUGCUCAUCUCAGCUGUGCCAACACCCUGGGGUUGAGGAGCUGCCUGAAUGUUCCAUUUGGCUGCUGCACUUCCAUCCACCCUGUGUACCCAUCCUUCAGAGGUGAUCACCUCGGCUGUUGGACUCUGAGACCCGAGUGCCUUCGCACGGUGUUGGGAGCGCCAUGGACCUCUACCUCUGUGGGUUUUGUGGUCAUGGGACCUCGGUGCCUUCCUGUGCGCAGCUGGCACUCUUCACGCCCUGUUGGCGAUGACUCGGUAGUAGAGAAGUCCCUCAAGUCCUUGAAGGACAAAAACAAGAAGCUGGAGGAAGGUGGCCCAGUGUACAGCCCCCCCGCAGAGGUGGUGGUGAAGAAGUCCCUGGGGCAGAGGGUGCUGGACGAGCUGAAGCACUACUACCAUGGCUUCCGCCUGCUAUGGAUCGACACCAAGAUCGCAGCACGCAUGCUCUGGCGCAUCCUCAACGGCCACACCCUGACCCGCCGGGAGCGCAGUUUCUCCGGAUCUGCGCUGACCUCUUCCGCCUGGUGCCAUUCCUCGUGUUCGUGGUGGUGCCGUUCAUGGAGUUUCUGCUGCCUGUUGCUGUGAAGCUCUUCCCCAACAUGUUGCCAUCCACAUUUGAGACUCAGUCCAUCAAGGAGGAGAGACUGAAGAAGGAGCUUCGGGUCAAGCUGGAGCUGGCCAAGUUCCUCCAGGACACCAUCGAAGAGAUGGCCUUGAAGAACAAGGCAGCCAAGGGCAGCGCCACCAAAGACUUCUCUGUAUUUUUCCAGAAGAUCCGGGAGACGGGGGAGAGGCCCAGCAAUGAGGAAAUCAUGCGUUUUUCCAAAUUAUUUGAGGAUGAGCUUACCCUGGACAACCUGACGCGGCCGCAGCUGGUGGCCCUGUGCAAGCUGCUGGAGCUACAGUCCAUUGGCACCAACAACUUCCUGCGCUUCCAGCUCACCAUGCGGCUGCGCUCCAUAAAAGCAGACGACAAGCUGAUUGCUGAGGAAGGGGUGGACAGCCUGAACGUCAAGGAGCUGCAGGCGGCAUGUCGGGCACGAGGCAUGCGGGCCCUGGGCGUCACGGAAGACCGCUUGAGGGGCCAGCUGAAGCAGUGGCUGGACCUGCACCUGCAUCAGGAAAUCCCCACAUCACUGCUCAUCCUGUCCCGGGCCAUGUACCUCCCGGACACCCUCUCUCCAGCCGACCAGCUCAAGUCCACACUGCAGACCCUCCCAGAGAUUGUGGCAAAGGAAGCGCAGGUGAAAGCAGCCGAGGUGGAGGGCGAGCAGGUGGACAACAAGGCCAAGCUGGAGGCCACGCUGCAAGAGGAGGCGGCCAUCCAGCAGGAGCACCGCGAGAAGGAGCUGCAGAAGCUCUCGGAGGCAGCGAAGGAUGUUGAGCCCGAACGUGUGGUAGCCGCUCCCCAAAGGCUAGGGGCUGAGCUGCAGCCAGAAGUGUCCGACACAGUCCUGCGGUCAGAGACCCUGAAGGACACUGCCCCGGUGCUGGGGGGCUUGAAGGAGGAACAGAUCACUAAGGAGGAAAUUGACAUCCUCAGCGAUGCCUGCUCUAAGCUGCAGGAACAGAAGAAGUCACUCACCAAGGAGAAGGAGGAGCUGGAGCUGCUGAAGGAGGACAUGCAGGACUACAGCGAGGACUUGCAGGAGAUCAAGAAGGAGCUUUCAAAGACUGGUGAAGAAAAAUACGUGGAAGAAUCUAAAGCCAGCAAGAGACUGACAAAAAGGGUGCAGCAGAUGAUCGGGCAGAUUGACGGCUUGAUCUCGCAGCUGGAGAUGGACCAGCAAGCUGGCAAGCUGGCCCCAGCCAGCGGCAUGCCCACGGGGGAGAACGUCAUCAGUGUCGCCGAGCUCAUCAGUGCCAUGAAGCAAGUCAAGCACAUUCCUGAAAGCAAGCUCACCAGCCUGGCUGCAGCACUGGAUGAAAACAAGGACGGCAAGGUCAACAUCGACGACCUUGUCAAGGUGAUUGAGCUGGUGGACAAAGAAGAUGUUCACAUCUCCACCAGCCAGGUGGCCGAGAUUGUAGCAACACUGGAAAAAGAGGAGAAGGUGGAGGAGAAGGAGAAGGCCAAAGAGAAGGCAGAGAAGGAGGUCGCAGAGGUGAAGAGCUAGAGCCACCGGCCUGGGCACCUGUCCUUCUGCUGUGCCGCCACCCUGGCGAUUGCUUUGUGGUGAUUCUUAGUGGCUCAUUUAAUAUUUUGGCUGGAAUAAAUCAGAGACUUCCAUAAUCAAGUAAAUUUUAAUUUUCAUCAUUCCACGGAGAUUUAAUCUGUCUGGAAUCCUGGAAUCCGUCCACAGAAUCGUGUCUGGAGCCACACUGUGGUGUGGCUGCCACGGCCUCCUGACUCCAGAGGCGGUCGGGCUAGGCCAAGGCAGGAAGGUGUCCCCCUGCGUGUGGCCUCACAUCUCAGCGUCUGACUGUGCUGCCCUGUCCCCAGGGAGGGGAAUAAGGACCACGUGGACUCUGCCCACAGGGAGCUGGCUGCUGUGCCCACCCUCAGAGGCAUCAGGAGACACAGCCUGGCCUCCUCAGGGCUGAAGAUGCCUCCAUUCACCUGUGGACCUUGGUUUCUGGAUUUCAGCGUCAAUAGACGUGGCUUCCUGCA